GAGCUCCUGGCCCUCAUCAAGCAGGACGUCUUGAGCCAAGGCCUAGGCGCGGCCACCGACGACCAGGGCAAUCGAAUCAUCAUGGAGAUAAGCCAAGAGCGGUACUACCUCGACGACUCUCGUGAAUGGGUGGUGUCCUACGAAACGACACAACACAUCAACGACGAGACCCGAGUGGAAACCGUGCUCAACAUGCGGUUGGCUAGAGCCUACCUGUGGAGCCCGAAGCUCCCGCCUUUGGUUUUUGAGGUUCACGCCCCACGCAAGGGCGAGCCCUGCAUCGGCAUCGACGUGGUGAGGUGCCGCAAGAACGGGCUGGCCAACGCCCGCUUUCCGCUGCCCGUCUUCUGCACGUUGGACGAUGUGGUGGCAGCAAGGCCUGGUCACCUGGCCGACUUGACCUACGUGAGCCUGCGCACAGACGGCCGCGCAACAACCUUCUCGCAACUCCCGUACGUGGGAGAGGGCUGGUACGCAAAGCCGAUCACAGCUUUCCUGCUGGAAGCGGGCAUGGCCACCUGGGAAGAUUUCAAGUACUCCUUGGACGCAACCGCUCACGCGCAGCCUGAAUGCUUUCGGAAGGCGCUGAACGUUAUGGAGGGCGCUUGGCCUGCCGACGAAGAGCACUACGCGAAGUUGUCCGUGAACGCCCUCAUCGGCCUCUGGGCGAGGAACAUGGACCUGGUGUACACCAUGCGGACCAGUCAAAACGAAAUAGACGGAUUUGGCUGCCAGGAGCGGCGGGUCUUCUCGGUGUACCCGCCCACCAGCACGGACCCGGUAGCCGAGGAUGAAGUUCCGGUGGCACAGUACUGGGACUACAUCUGGAUCCGUCACCUGACCAGCAACUCCAGCCACAGACCCCUGCAUGACUUCGUCUUGGCUUCCGAGUACGUGGCCGUGGCCCGGAUCAAGCACCAUAUGCGGGCCGCGCUGUCCUCGUGCUUCAAGUGCAUUAAAACCGACUGCGUGGUGGCCCAGCGGAUACCCAAGAAACAUCAGCACCUCCUGCAGGAGCUCCAAGACCUAAGGCAUCCCGACGGAAGCAGCGUUUACCGGGUUGAGGAUGUCAAGCCGCUUAAAGGUCUCUUUCGAGAGCCGAGGCUGGCGGACCACGUCGUGCCGCCGGAGUUGCAAUGGACGGACAUCCCCGAUCCACUGACGCACUGCUUGGCUGGCGGCUCGCUGCUUCUAACUGGCCUGCCCCGGACAGGGAAAACCUACCUGGCCCGACGCAUUGUGGCAGCACUCCGGGAGCAAGGCCAAGCAGUACACCUCGUGGCGAAAACUCACUGUGCUGCACAAAACAUGGGGCAGGGCGCCCGCACGGCAGACCACUGGCUCCGAAAGUAUGUGCGCCACGGCAACGUGCGCUCCAUUGACUGGCUGGUAGUCGAAGAGAUCACGCAGCUGGGCACCGCGCUCUGGAACGACAUCGCUUGCCUGGCCCUCAACACCCGCAUACGCUUUCUGCUCCUGGGGGACUUCCGCCAAUUGCCCGCGGUGCUGGACAGCUUUGCCGGCGCCGAGGUUCAACGUGAACUCCAGCAAGCGCAGCUGAUCAAAACCCUGACGCGGGGCUACCGGCACGAGCUGGUGGAGAACCGGCGCAGCGACCAGGUUAUAUUCGACUUCUUGCGCUGGCUGCGCAUCGAUGAGCCCGAAGAAGCGCCGCUCAUCAGCGCACUCCGAGGCCUGGGCGCGGUUCCCAGAGCGACACACUACGCCCGACACGGCCUUGGCGAUCAGUCACCUCCACCGCAUGCAGCUGAACGAGCGGGUGAACCGCGCCAAGGCCCCGGAAGACGCCGUGCUCUUCGAGUACACUGGAGCCACAGGAGCCAAGAACCUGACCAACGAGCCACAGAGCAUGCGCAUCUGGCCGGGCCUCCGCCUCGUGGGCGCGGGCGGCAAGAUCUGCAAGGGAACGUUCGUGACGGGGCUGUGGAGCUAGAAGACGGGAUGCAGCUCAAACGGCAUGAGCUCUUCAAGCACACGCGCCUCCCACACGCUAUCACGUACGCAAGCUGCCAGGGCCUCACCCUCAGUGGACACGUGGCCCUCUGCGACACUUCGAACAAACACUUCACGCUCCGGCACCUGUACGUUGGGAGCUCCCGAGCGGCCUGGCCGCGUUCCUGUGGCUGGCGUGCCGGCCUCCGGAAGAAAGCCAUGAGGCUCCUCGAGCUCUUCAGCGGCACGAAGUCGAUUGGACGGGCCUUCGAGGCUAGGGGCUGGGAGGUGGUUUCCGUCGACCUGAAUCCCAAGUUCGAGCCGACGAUCUGCUGCGACGUCACGGAGCUCGACGAGACCGCUCUGGGGCGCUUCGACAUGGUCUGGGCGAGCCCUGUGUGCACCGAGUACUCCAUCGCCCUGACGAAGCGGCCCAGGGACCUCGAUGCGGGGGAUCGGCUGGUGCUCCGAGCGCUGGAGAUCAUUCGCAACCUGCGGCCCACAUACUGGGCCAUUGAGAAUCCGCAGACGGGGCUGCUGAAGACGCGGCCCUUCAUGCAGGGGCUGCCCUACAGCGACGUGUGCUACUGCAAGUACGGCUACAUGUACCGCAAGGCCACCAGGAUCUGGCACAACCUGCCCUGGACGCCGUCGCAGGGGAUGUGUCGCAAGGGCAGCCGCUGCGAGGCCUUUGCAAACGGCAUCCACCCCGAGGCCGCCCAGCGGGAGACCACCGCCGGGCGCCGCAACCAGCAGAGCCUGCGGCAGCUCUACAGCCUGCCGCCGCGGCUUUGCGAGGAGAUUGCCGCGGCGGCUUCUGGGUAA